GUGGUUAGCAGAUUCACCACCGCGGAACCUGGGAUGGGAGCCAAGGCGAGCACCGUGGCACAAUCCGCUGGUGGCAACGGUCAGUCCUCCACUGGGGCCAACGAGACCGCGAUGCAGGGCUUCUCCGUGCUCCGCUCCCUGCCCGGCGGCGUCGGCCUGCUGCAGCACCAGCACCAGCAGGCCAAUCAGUCGCAGAACUCGCGCAUGUCCGGGGACAGCCGGCAGCGUGCGCGCUCCCUGAGCUCCGUGCCGGACCUCUCCUCCGACGGCCAGGCCGGCCUCUCCACCUCGGUCGGGGUUGGGGUCGGCCAGGCCCUCGGCCUGCCGCAGCUCGACUCCGACGACACGGACGAGGAGAGCGGCCGCGUUUACGCCGCUCACAGCCUGCCUUCGCACAUUUGGUCCCUGAACGGUCUAAAGUGUCCUGUAUGCUCCAAGUUUAUUCUGCCGGAUGAUAUCGAGUGUCACCUGGUCAUGUGCCUGACCAAGCCACGGCUCAGUUACAACGAGGACGUGCUGACGGAUGGGAAAGGCGAAUGUGUCAUUUGCUUGGAAGAGCUGCAGUCUGGAGAUCUUAUAGCCCGCUUGCCCUGUCUCUGUAUAUAUCAUAAAAACUGUAUCGAUAAAUGGUUUCAAGUGAAUCGUAGCUGCCCUGAACAUCCUGGAGAUUGAUUCGUACCUGCUGAACUUGCUGGAGUAUAGUGGAACAAGCUGCUAGCCCAGAGGACGUUUGCACCGACGGGACCGAGGUGGCAGGGAAUGGCAGAAAUUAAAAGAAAAAAAGCUAGUCAAGGUGGCUGCUAGUCCAUGCAAAAUGGUGAUUGGGUGCGUGCGGUGAAUUGUUCGACUGAACGAUACUCGCUCAUCAAAUCGAACACACGGGGACACAGAUGUUUAAUGCAAUCCUCAAUUCUACUACUGUUAAGCGGAGGACUUAAAUAACAAAAAAAAAUCGCCAUAGGAUUCAACGAUACAAUGCUAUUACCUAUACGUAUCUACAAUUAAUCUAUUAUUGCUCUAUCGCUUGAUAUCAUUGUACCAUAUUUAUAAAUUUUACUUAGUUUUACAUCUUGAGCUCGAUUUAGCGCUUAAGCAGGACAAUCUUUAUUAUCUCGGUAUCAUGAUUUCUUUCUCUUUUCUUAUUCUCUUUUUAUGGUUCUUUUUCUUUCUUUCUGGAAAAGGGGGACAGGACGAAUCUUAGUCAAGGGGACCUGCGUAGGAGCAGGUGAGCUCUACCUUACAUAAGUUGGUUAUACUUUUAUUGAUUUUUAGUAUUGAGACGAUAUAUCGUAAUUUCCGUUGUCUGUUGGGGAAUGAGUGCUAGAAAGGAUAUUUUUGAUACUUUCAUAAAAGGGAGAGCCAGAAUGUAUAAGAGUUUCGAGCGCUGGAGAUGACGACGUAACACUGUUGAUGCUGUAGUAACAAUAAAGGUUCUGAUUUAACCUUCCUUACUGAGAUUCAUACUAAUGUGAUAAAUCUCUUUUGUUGUUAUUAGAGAGAAUUGACACGCUCCGUGUUACUGAGAUGUACAGUCUAUUGUCGAUUACUGAGGAUUUACCUACUGUAUAAUUAAUCUCUUUUGUAUAUGGAUAAGGAUUGACAUAACCCAGCAGAAGUAGUUUUUGUAAUACGAACAAUCAAAGUCUAUCAUUGUUCCAGUAAUGUACGCAAACCGUAUAUGUUCGGCUCGGACUUGUCACUUGCGUGAGGUUUACAGACACAAACUAACAGAGCAAUGAGAGAGAGAGAGAGAGAGUACACGUGGUGAGCGAGGAAAUGUGGGCGAUGCGACGAGAGAAACACACCACGAAAGGAACUAGAAAUAAAUUAUGUUAAUAAAACCGAACGCGUAAAGUAUGUACAUACACAUGUGUUUAUAUAUAUGCAUACUCUCGCGCACUUUCUCUCGACAGAUAUGUAGAUAUCGGGCUGGACACCUUUUUCACUGAUAAGCGAAAUUGCAGACUAGACAGUUUUCGCAGGCAACGGAAGUCGCUCGCUGGAUUACAAGCGGACGUAAGAAGAAAAGAAAAAAAGAGAGAAACUAUUCGGAGCUUGAGUGAUAUUUAAUAUUACACGUAUCGAAAUUAAUGAAUUACGCGAGCACGUGAGUCAAGGAGAGAAAAGUAUCUGUAUUGAAGAGAAAGCGCGCGACGCCUAAAACAUCCUGUAUGUAUAUAUAUGCACACCUUUUUUAAGCUAUACGAGAGGUAAGUGGCCGUGGAGACGACAAGCUCGAUUUCGUAAAGAAAUAAAAAAAACUAUUAAGCAAAAAAAAUAUAGAAAAGGUGAUAGGGGAAGGAGAUGUGUAAAGGGAACCCAAGACAAAGGUGCGACAUCGACGAUAGCGAUAACACACGCGUAUACACACAGGGAGGUUCUUUGUAUUACUGAUCGAGGCGAGGAUUGUGUCUCGCGGCUGGUCGUUUGUCGAUUUUACAAUAUGUAAGGCUCGUUGUACUGCGACGAUUUAUACAAAGACGGAAUGCGGGGUAGAAAGCGCCUGGUAGCGCGCGCAGUGAUGAGGGACGCAAAUAGAACGCGCGUAAUGCUGCGGCGCGGCACGGCGGUACGCGGGGAGCACGUGCGUCGCGUGUGCGUGCAUCGCGCGUCGAAUCGACGCACGCACGCACGCACGUGCUCGCACCCGGUCCCGUAGCGGUAUUCCGUAUUGUGACUCCUGUUCAUAUCCUGGUUGCGUCCUCUCACACUUGCUGUAUUAAAGGGGGAAAGGAGAGAAAGUGAGAGGACGCUAGAGCGGAGUAGCAGGGUGCAGGAACCGCAACUGAAAUAAGAAACGGGACGACACUUGUUUUUAGUUAUUUGAAACAAAAACGUACGAAGUAAUAGUUUUUUUUUUAAAUAUAUAUUCACGCAUCUACUUAUACCUUUUCUUUUUCCAAUCGCAUAGAGUGUCCCUGAACCACCGCGUAUUCGGUUUUUCAUGUUGAUCGGCGAGCUUUACAUAAAAAUUUCGCAACCUUAAUUGAGAGGCAUCUCGUUAUUUAUCUUCCCUCCGUAGCUUCGUCGAAUUGUUAAUUGCCCCCUAAUUUUUAAUUACUCGACAAUUGCAUAAUACUUUUAAGCAAAAGUUAGAAAUCGUUGAAAGAAUUUUAUUUGUUUGUGAGAAAGACGCCUGGUUCUCGGACAUCUUGUAUAGGACCGGAUUAUCUUCGUUAUUGUAGUUAUCAGCGAGACUGAUGGAAAUAUCUUUCUGAAAGUACUGUGAACUCGACAAAAAGUGAGAUUACAAAAUUACUAAACGUAUCUCAAAAUAAAUCAUAAUUGUCCUUGAUUCAAAAUUCAAUGCGAUGCAACGAAAUGUGAGGAAGGUCAAAGUAUAUUGUGAAAAAGAACUGAAAAAAAAUUAUGAAAUAUUAGAUACGAAAUUUACUGAACUCGACUAAAAACUGUGUUACUUUCUAAUAAGUAAUUUCUCGCUGAACUUUUACUGCAAUAUUGAUAAGGUGAAACGAGGUCAAUCGCGAGGGGUUUUCGGCCAAAUCCCAUUAUACUCUCAGCGAAAUAUUUCCACCAGGGAAUUCCUAUUGAUUUAAGAUGUACGGUACGGAAUUCCUCUACUCGAGGGGCUGCAACAACAAUCGAUCUGAUUGCCGCCAAAUAAAACGUGAAAGCCCGAAAGUGCGUCUAAUCUAGCUCUGUAGAAUAAUGAGAUCGCGAAGGAAAGGCGGUGGAAGCCUAAAUUCGCAGGAUCGUAACUGUGGAUACACACAGGUUGUAAUGAACCAUUUGUAUGUAUGACACUAUUGACUUAAAUAUAUAGUUUAUAAGCUACGUUCGAUUCACGAGACGUGUAAUUUUACAAACUGUUUUCUUUUUCUUUUUUCUUUUCUACGUGCGAUAGGUGCGACGAGUCGCGCGAUCGCGGUAAUUGCGGGGAGGGUAAGCGUUUAUGAAUGAUUAUUGUACAAAGUGAUGAUAAGUUCGUAAGUUGAUUACUUGACCAGUCUGAUUUUGCCUUACUAAGAGUCAAGUCGAACGGCAUGUUUCUUUAGCGUUAGCGACCGAAACGCGGCGAGAGUUGGUUUAGGGUUGGAUGGAAACGGAAUUCUGUUUAAGCAAAAUUCAUGUGUGAUUUAUGAAAGAUUGAGGAGAUUUUGAUCGUUUAAACACACGUUUUUUCGUGAAUAUAAAUACGAUAAAUUCUUGAGGCAUCCUUGAUUCUAAGGUGUGAUUACUAACGCUCCGUUACUUUUGUCUAUUUUAAUUUAACUGAAAACUGUUAUAUUAUUCACUACAUAAAUAUGUAUACGUUUCAUACCAU